CCUCCCUCCACCCCCGAGAAUCACUUGCGGCUUGCCGCGAUGGCCGCCCUCCGCCACUCUCCGGCCGCCCUCCGCCUCGCCGCUCGGCCCUCAGCCGUCGCCUUCGCCGCUCCCAUCUCCACCUCCCUCCGACGCUUCCCCUUCCAACCCCGGCCCCGCCCCCGCCCCCGCCCCCGCGCUUUCAAGCUCUCCUUCCCCCGCUUCUUCCCCUCCCCCUGCCGUCCCCGCCGCGGCGCCACCAUGGUCGACACCGCCGCCUCCAGCUACGCCUUCGCCCUCGCCGAUGUCGCCAACUCCAACGGCACCCUCGAGGCCACCAUUGCCGACGUCGAGAAGGUCGACUGCAUCUUCUCCGACCCCACCGUCCAGUCCUUCUUCGCCAACCCCACGAUCUCGCCUGAGAAGAAGCAGGAGGUGUUGAAAGAGAUCGCCUCCUCCUCCGAGCUUCAGCCCCACACCACCAACUUCCUCAACAUCCUCGUCGACAUGGGGCGGAUCGAUAUCAUCGAAGACAUCGUCAAGGAGUUCGAGGUGUGCUACAAUCGGAUUACCGGCACGGAGGUGGCCGUGGUGUCAUCCGUGGUGCGGCUUGAGACUCAGGACCUCGCCCAGAUCGCCCAGUCGGUUCAAAGGCUCUCAGGGGCCAAGAAUGUGAGGAUUAAGACUGUGAUUGAUUCCUCUCUCGUUGCUGGGUUCACCAUCCGAUAUGGGCCCUCGGGGUCGAAGCUUAUUGACAUGAGCGUCAAGAAGCAGCUCGACGAGAUUGCAGCGCAGCUUGAUUUCUCCUCCAUUGCGCUUGCCUGAUUUCGAGAAGUCACUCUUCAAGAAUGCAAGUUUGGAAUGAGGUGGUGAAAUGAGAGAUGGACCUGAUUCAAAACCAAAAUGCAAUUUUGGGCUUGUUUGAUUCAGAGAAGAGGCUUCUUUUAUGUCGCAAUGCCAUUUGCAAAUUAAUUGCAUGUAAGAAAGAAUGACAAUGUUGAUGUUGUAGCAUAUAAUUGACGUAAAGUUCGAAAUUUAAGGACCGGUGAAAGCUUGGAUGAAGGUAUAUAUGUAUACUUCGCAUAUCUGAGGAUUUCUCCCAAAGUCUCCAACUCAAACCCGGAUGAAUAUAAUAUAACUCUUGGUAUUUUUAACAA